UCUUCCACCUGCUGAGAGAGUCCCAUGAUGGACAUUGUCCUUCCUGCUGUCCUGGGCGAGCUGGCUUCUAGAUCCAUAAAUUUCUUCAUCAGCAAAAGAUCCAAGCCGUCGGUGAUGGUUGUGGCGGAUAGACUGCAAAGGGUUCUUCUCCGAGCUCAGGUCAUCGUUGAUGAGGCCAUGGAACGGCAGAUCACAAACCAAGCUGUGCUCCAGCAGCUGGACAUGCUUACAGACACCAUGUACCGCGGCUAUUACAUCCUCGACACCUUCAGAUACCAAUCUCACAGCGAAGAGGAGGCCAAAGGUCAGGUCAUGAGCAACUCUUUAUCUCUGUGGAAAGUAAAUUGUCUACAAGGCUUUUGUUCGUCCAAUAGAAACACACUGAUUUUGGAACAACUGCAAAAGUCGCUUGAUGAUUUAAGCUCUAUGAUCAUUGAUGUGGAAGGGAUAGUCGUGUUCUUGAUGAGCUAUCCACUCCUAUACCGCCAACCUUAUAGCAUGCAUCUCCUGGUGGGAAAUUGCAUGUUUGGGCGCCAGAUGGAGACUGAACUUGUCAUAAGCUUCCUAUUGCACACACAACCUCAUGGUCCCAGAGAACUAGAGGUCCUGCCAAUCGUUGGUCCCGGUAAAGUUGGCAAGACCACCCUUGUUGCUCAUGUUUGUAAAGAUGCAAGGGUCCGUAAACAUUUCUCAGAAAUACAUUUCUUGCACGGGCAUGACCUCACAGGUGUUGACCUUGCUGCCCUCAAAGAAGGAUAUGUAACGGAACAUCAAAAUCAUGGAUCAAAUUCAAACAAAGAGGGAAGAAGAGUACUUAUUGUUGUUGAGUUAGUUGGCACUCUCACCGAAGAUGAAUGGAAUAGGUUUUAUUCUGCUUCUAUUCAACAUGCACCAAGCGGUAGUAAAAUCAUUGUCAUAAGCCAGUCUGAUGAAAUCAUAAAGUUUGGAACAACCCGGCCACUAAGUCUGAAGUAUCUGUCCCCUGAAGCAUACUGGUAUUUCUUCAAGAUGCACACAUUUGGAAGCAUGGAUCCUGAGAUGCAUCCGAGGCUUGCCCGCAUGGCCAUGGAGAUAGCCGGGAUGAUGAAGUGCUUCAUUAGUGCAAAUAUGGUUGGUUCUUUGCUGAGGGACAACAUUGAUUUCCACUUUUGGUGCAAGGUUUUGGCCUUCUUGAGAGGAAUGAUCAAGAAGCAUGUCUCUAAAUUUGGUGUGCAUCCAUUUGAUCUUCUAAAUGAGAAAAGCCUGCACAUGUUGGGAGAAUGUUUAUACCUUCUGAAGAUCUUGUGCUUCAUUACGAAUACCAACACUCUUCACAAGAUGAUGUUCCGAAGAUAAGAGUCCAAGAUGUGAUUUAUGGAAGUAUUAAGGCUCAUGGGAAAUUCGAGGUUCUAGGAUGGACAUCCCGAAUACCGCCCUACCAUAGCUAUGUAACUGUAUGUGAGAUUCGAGGGCGAAAAUCUGCGGGUACAAAGAGGAAGCGUCCUAUGAAAAACGGAGUCACGUUUUAUUAAUUUUUCUGUUACUAUGUGUUAUGUAUGUAGCCAUGUAGUGAUUGUGUUUUGAUGGGGUGUCACAAGUAACAACAUUGUCAUGACUUGAUCUUACAGGUUAUAAAAUUGCCAAACUGUACUACUACCUAGUCGUGUAUAAAGAUUGUUUAUUGACAGAA